UAUCAUGGAUAGUUUUUUAUCACAAAAUCGAAUUCGCAAACAGUGAGUGAAGUUGUAAAUAUAUUGGCGGAGAAUUACUGUGUACUUUGCAACAAUUGAAAUUAAAUACUGAAUAAAACUUUAGAAAACGUAAAGCAGAGGACUAUCAGAAUGAUUGAGCACAAUUUUCCACCUUUGAAAAAUGAUCGAAUACUGAAGGCAGCACGUGGGGAGCCAGUGGACAGAAUUCCAGUUUGGGUUAUGAGGCAAGCGGGAAGGUACCUUCCAGAAUUUCAAGAAGUCAGAGCACAGCAUGAUUUUUUUACAAUUUGCCAAACUCCUGAAUUGGCAUGUCAGGUGACUUUACAGCCGAUAGAACGUUUCGAUCUAGAUGCCAGUAUAAUAUUCUCAGAUAUCCUAGUGAUCCCUCAGGCAAUGGGCCUGAAAGUUGAGAUGGUACCGGGAGUAGGUCCAGUCUUGCCUCAGCCCUUAGCUGAUCCCAAUGAUUUAGCACGACUCAUACGACCAAAUGUAAAUAAUGCUCUGAAGUAUGUUGGAGAUGCUAUAACAUUAACUCGACAUAAGUUGAAUGGUAGAGUACCAUUGAUAGGAUUCACUGGAGCUCCUUGGACUCUGAUGGGUUACAUGAUCCAAGGAGGAGGCAGUUCUACAAUGGCAAAGGCAAGAUCCUGGUUAUAUAAGUAUCCAGAAGAUACUCAUAAAUUGUUACAGAUGAUUACAGAUGUUAUUGUGGAUUACUUAGUAAUGCAAGUGAAAGCUGGUGCUCAGUUACUUCAAGUUUUUGAAAGUAAUGGAAAUUAUUUGGACGAUGCAUUAUUUACAAAUUAUUCUUUUAAAUACCUCAAACAAAUUAGUGAAUGUGUACGAAAGCAGCUGAAAGAAGCAAAUAUUCCAGAAGUGCCUAUGAUUGCUUUUCCAAAAGGCGCAACCAUGAAUUCUUUAAAAAUUCUUGUGAUGGAUCAGAGUUAUGAAGUUAUAGGCCUCGAUUGGACUGUAGAUCCCAUAGAAGCCAGAAAACAUCUUGGUACUAAUGUUACAUUACAAGGAAAUAUGGAUCCAUGUGCAAUGUAUUCUUCACAGGAUGAAAUCGUUGAUCGUGCACAAAAAAUGGUGUCAAAUUUUGGUAAAACUCGAUAUAUUGCUAAUUUGGGACACGGCAUUUUACCAGAUACUCCAAUUUCAUCCAUGGAGGCUUUUAUUAAAGGAGUGCACUCUACAUAAGUAUACAUUUUAUAAU